AUAUUAAUGAUAGGCCAGCAAUGACCUCUACCGGUAGACAAUUGGAUAUAUUUUUACCAUAAAUUACAAAGUUAUUUUGCUAGGAAGAGGGAUUUUCUAUAAGCCUCAAAGAACAACACCAAAAGUACAAAGUGAAAAAAAAAAAAAAAAAAAAAAAAGGCUUUCUCUCUUUCCUACCAUAUUUUUACAUGCCACGUAUGCUGUAACUCUGUAUAUCACGCCUAGUAUAUAAACUAGGAUCUUGUCCCUGUCUCUUAAAUGCUCUCACCCUUCUUCCAGUUUUUUGCCUCUGAAAAUUGAUUCCACUGGCCAUGGCGGUUUCUGGCUGUCUCAUGAGACUAAACCCACAAUCUAUCUCUCCAUGUCUGAAUUAUCCAAAACCAAAUGGUAAUUGCAGAAAACAGUUCUCUUUGAGAGCCUGUAUUGGUACUUCAGAAGAUGGAGAAGGAACGGUGACAAGUAGAGAAAACAAUGGAUGGAAGAUCGAUUAUUCCACUGAAAAACCUUCGACGCCAUUGCUUGACACAAUCAACUAUCCAGUUCACAUGAAGAAUCUAUCCAUACAGGAUCUUGAACAACUAGCAGCAGAACUUAGAGUUGAUAUAGUACACAGCGUAUCAAAGACAGGUGGGCAUCUCAGUGCUAGCUUAGGAGUUGUAGAGCUGGCAAUAGCGUUGCACCAUGUAUUCAACACCCCUGAAGACAAAAUCAUAUGGGAUGUUGGGCAUCAAGCAUACCCUCAUAAAAUUCUUACAGGAAGGAGGUCCAGGAUGCACUCCAUUAGAAAAACUUCAGGGCUUGCUGGGUUUACUAAAAGAGAGGAGAGCAUUUAUGAUGCUUUUGGUGCAGGACAUAGUUCUACAAGCAUAUCUGCUGGCCUUGGCAUGGCAGUUGCACGAGAUCUACUACGGAAGAACAAUAAUGUUAUUUCAGUGAUUGGAGAUGGAGCCAUGACUGCAGGUCAAGCAUAUGAAGCCAUGAAUAAUGCAGGAUAUCUUGACUCCAACUUGAUUGUUAUACUGAAUGACAAUAAGCAAGUUUCCCUACCCACUGCAACUCUUGAUGGCCCUGCAAGUCCUGUGGGAGCCCUUAGCAGUGCUUUAACCAAGCUCCAAGCAAGCACCAAGUUCCGAAAACUUCGAGAAGCAGCAAAAAAUAUCACAAAGCAAAUCGGUGGCCCAACCCACGAAGUUGCAGCAAAAGUUGAUGAAUAUGCAAGGGGUUUGAUCAGUGCUUCUGGGUCUACACUCUUUGAGGAACUUGGCCUGUACUAUAUUGGUCCAGUGGAUGGCCACAAUGUUGGAGAUCUAGUCACCAUUUUCGAGAAAGUGAAAGCAAUGCCUGCACCAGGGCCAGUUUUGAUCCACAUAGUGACAGAGAAAGGGAAAGGCUAUCCCCCCGCCGAGACAGCAGCAGAUAAAAUGCACGGGGUUGUCAAGUUUGACCCUAAAACAGGCAAACAAUUUAAGGCAAAAUCCUCUACACUUGCAUAUACUCGGUACUUUGUUGAAUCUCUAAUAAAAGAAGCUGAAAUAGAUGACAAGAUUGUAGCCAUCCAUGCGGCAAUGGGUGGUGGAACUGGUCUCAACUAUUUCCAGAAAAAGUUUCCAGAACGCUGCUUUGAUGUGGGGAUUGCAGAGCAACACGCUGUAACAUUUGCUGCUGGUUUAGCUACAGAAGGUCUCAAGCCAUUCUGUGCCAUCUAUUCAUCAUUCCUGCAACGAGGAUAUGAUCAGGUGAUACAUGAUGUGGAUCUUCAAAAACUACCUGUUCGCUUUGCUAUGGACCGAGCUGGUUUGGUUGGUGCGGAUGGACCCACCCAUUGUGGUGCUUUUGAUAUCACGUACAUGGCUUGCUUGCCCAAUAUGGUGGUCAUGGCUCCAUCUGACGAGGCUGAACUAAUGCACAUGGUGGCCACAGCAGCAAAAAUAGAUGAUAGACCAAGCUGCUUCAGGUUUCCAAGGGGUAAUGGAAUUGGAGCACUACUUCCUUCUGAUAACAAAGGAACUCCAAUUGAGAUUGGAAAGGGAAGAAUAUUGAUGGAAGGCAGUAGAGUUGCUAUUUUGGGUUAUGGUUCCAUCGUCCAACGAUGUGUGGAAGCUGCAAGCAUGCUAAAAACUCAAGACAUUUUUGUGACAGUUGCUGAUGCAAGAUUUUGCAAACCAUUGGAUACAGAGCUCAUCAAGCAAUUGACCAGUGAGCAUGAAAUCCUAAUUACUGUGGAAGAGGGUUCAAUAGGAGGCUUUGGAUCUCAUGUAUCACAUUACCUAAGCUUGAGUGGAAUUCUGGAUGGACCCCUUAAGUUGCGAGCAAUGGUGCUUCCUGAUAGAUACAUUGACCAUGGAUCACCUGAAGAUCAGAUUGAAGAAGCUGGACUCUCCUCAAGGCAUAUCUCUGCAUCAGUCUUAUCCCUCCUGGGAAAGCCAAAAGAAGCACUUUGGUUCAAGUGAGCAAACAAAAACAACGAACGGGGUUCUUCCCGUGAGAGCUGUAAAUAGCAUCAAGAAAUUUAGAAAAGGUUUAUAUGACCUCCUAAGUCAAAGGAUGUUGUCAGACCAAACAUAGGAAGUUUUUUUAUUUUUUAUUUAUAUUUAUAUAUAUAUAGGUACUAUUAUUAUUCAGGAUUUCUUAAAUCAGAACUCAU